AACCUGAGAUGAUUAUGCGGGGUUAACAUCAAGGACUGAAGUACUGUAAGUGCUGUUGAAAUUCUAAUCAGUUGUUAUGAAAUUACUGAUUGACUGAAGGAAACAUUCUCAUCCAAUUCCUAAAAAGAGGGAACACGGGACAAGGAGCAGCACUGGCUCAGGAAAUAAAAGUACAAACAAAUCAAACUAUUUUCUAAAGCACUUUUCUGCAAAAAGGAGAAUGCACCAAGCUUGUGCAGUCUUGGCAUGAACAGGGAUUUCUUUGUUUGAAGCUUUGCAAGCUUUAGUCCUGUUUCAGCUGAAAGCUUUUUGGGGUUAGAUUUGAGAGUGGUGGGAGGGGAAAGGUAAACUUCAAUUCUACACUGUUUUCAAUUUAUUUCCUCCCAGUUUUUUCUUGUACUUCUCUGCAGACAAAUAAGACAAGGCCUGUGUCCAGAAGAACUAGAAAUGCAGCCUAAGCAAAACAUUGCAAAUUGAACUGAGAGUUUUGCAGCACAGAUACCAGUUGUGAAGUUUCACUUGAGGAUUGAGGAGGGAAUCUGUAGCAGUAAGGAGUGAGCAGAAGGGAGACACUGGUGUAGUUGGCUGGGGUCACUGAGUCCUCUCUGGCUGACCAUGGGGAUGCUCUCAGUUGGUGUCUGCUCUGGAGCUCUCCAGAGCAGGGUGGUGAGUCACAGGCUGCCUUUGGUGGUGCCUUUGCUGGAAAACUCCUUGAAAGCUGAAUGUCCUGAAGAGAUUUGUGAUACAGCUGGGUUGAAAAAUAUAAAUAGUCAAGUUAAAUUCCAGAUCAAAUGUCUCCUGGGAGCUGAGUGUGCUGCCUAGUUUCAUGCAGUGGUUGCACACUGGCUGCACUGCUCUGAGCAAUCAGGGCAAGCAGGACUGCUGUGAGCUGUGUUGGUGGUUUGUUCCAUCUCCACUUCACCUCCAAGCACAGCAUUGUUACUUGUAUAGCAGUGUAAAUGAUGCUUUAUAAACCAAGAAGGAAAACUGGAGAGAGUGCAGGUUCUUUCUGACCUGGGCUUCCCAACCUGUGUUGCAUUCCCAAAUAAUGUGUUGCAUCUUCCCGAGUCGUGCCCUUCGAGGGAUGACCAGUUCUGUGGCGUGUGGGUGCUGCUGUCUUGAUCUGGUGCAUGUGUUACUGCUACACUAAAAUUCUGUUUCCUGAGGUAUUACACACAGCUGGAAAAUCCAUUUGUUCUGAACAAACUGCAACUGCCUGGCAAGUGACUGUGAACGACUGGGGAGUAUUUGAGCUUUGACCUUACUGCAGAGGCUCUGUUUAAAGAGGAUCUCACUGAAGCAAUAGAGCUGGGAAGCAGAAGUGUCUGCUGCUGGUGUUUUGUAAAGAGGCAAUGAAGAAAGCUUGUUUGAAACACAGUGAGUGAACAACAUGAUUGGUACCCUGAAAUCCAGGGAGCCCUGCUGUGUCCCAGCUCUUCUGUGUCCACAUGAGACCCACGCCUUUGGCCUUGAUAAAAGUUAGGGUUCUUACCUGCUGGAACUUCCACCAAGCUCCACAGGAGCUGUGCCACAGGAGCUUCAUCUUUGCCAGCCAAUAAUUUUCCAUUGCUUCAAGACAUGGAGAUGAAGCGAAAUUACUGCAGAUGUUGAUCCAAUAUGCUGAAGUUUUGAAGAGGAGGGAUGUGUGUGGAUGCUGACUUUGGAAAACAGUAAUUAUUGAUCACCAAGGCUUGCUGCAGCAUUUUUCUACCAAUGGGGAACAGCAGUCAGAUCCUGCAGCCAGGAGUGAAACCUUGAGUUACCAGUGACAGCCACUGAGCUGUGUUUGGAAUGGUGGAGAGGCAGCCCAGCCAAGUCUGGCUGUGGUCAUGUACAAAUGUGACAAACACAAGAGUCCGGAAAGACUGUGUCCUCUAAGCUUCUGACCACCUCCUAGGUGUUACAGGGUUAAACUUGGAGCAUGUAUUUUUAAACUCAGCCCCAGGAAUGAGUCAGGUCUCCCAGGUGCCGGGCCCGGGACAGAGGGGCCCAGAGCUGCCAUGACGACAGGCGACUGCUGCCACCUCCCUGGCUCCCUCUGCGACUGUCCGGGAAGUGCUGCCCUCUCCAAGUCGGUGGAGGACUCGGACAUCGGCCGCCCUCAGUACAUCACACAGGUCACCGCCAAGGACGGGCGGCUCCUCUCCACAGUGAUCAAGGCGCUGGGCGCCCAGAGUGAUGGUCCCAUCUGUCGAAUCUGUCAUGAAGGUGGAAAUGGGGAGGGACUGCUUUCCCCAUGUGACUGCACAGGAACACUGGGCACCGUGCACAAGAGCUGCCUGGAAAAAUGGUUAUCCUCCUCCAACACAAGUUACUGUGAGCUCUGCCACACAGAAUUUGUUGUAGAAAGAAGACCAAGACCCUUGACAGAGUGGCUGAAGGACCCUGGGCCCCGCAAUGAGAAGAGGACCCUGUUCUGUGACAUGGUGUGUUUCCUGUUCAUCACUCCCCUGGCAGCCAUCUCGGGCUGGCUGUGUCUGCGAGGGGCCCAGGACCACUUGCAAUUCAACAGCCGACUGGAGGCCAUCGGACUCAUAGCACUCACUAUAGCACUUUUCACCAUCUACGUCCUUUGGACACUGGUCUCGUUCCGCUACCACUGCCAGCUGUACUCGGAGUGGCGAAGGACCAACCAGAAAGUCCGCCUGAUGAUCCCAGCCUCGCGGAGCCCUCACCCCAUGCCCCACUCCCUCCUCUCCGCCAAGCUCAUGAAGAAGACCGCGGAUGAGACCACUGUCUGAGCCAUCCCGCAGCCGGCCAAGGUGGAGGCUUGAGUGUCCCCACAGGCCCAGGGAAUGUGGCUGCUGUGGGGGCACUGGAAAACAAUCAUCCCACCCAAAGGGACUCUGUGCUCAGCACAUGCUUUAGACCUUGGCAAAGAGACACAUAAUCAACAUCUGUGUGUGAAAUGGCCCAAAAGAGCCUGAUGGCAGAAAAUGCCUGUCUGCAGGGACACUUUCCUAUAACGAAAUACCAUAUGUGGAAAACAUCUCCCUCUCUCUAUAUAUAUAUAUAUCUAUACAUAAUAUUAUUUUUUAAUGGCCAUGCAUAUUGUGUUUCAAUCCUUUUGUGUUGAUGUUCUAAGCUUCAGGAUAGAAGCUGGUAACCUGAUCUCAUUCAGAGGUUAAAUCAAUGCCUUUUCUCCAAAUGAGCAUAUGAAGAACACUUCAUCAACCAUUCUUGAAAGUCCCCUUCUCCUUUGCACUAAAUUGGUUUUGAUAUACUGCAGCAGCCUUCCUGUUACUCUUUAGUCUCUUUUGUGGUGUUCUGUCCUUUCUAGAAAGUUGAGUGUUUUUAAUAAUUAUUAUAAUCCCAGAAGGAGUAAAAUGACGUAAUACCGAAUGGAGACAUUUUGUAUUGUAAAGUACUGUAAUUUUGAGAAUUUCAAAUUCAGUUUCAGAGUGAGAGAAUCUUUUCCGGUGCAGACAUGAUCUCACAAAAUGCUUUCCUUGAGAUCCUGGCUCAUCCCCAGGACUCCGAUGCACUCAGCCCUUGGUCUGUCUGGCAAAGGUAGAUGGAGGAUGCAAGGGUGGGGAGAGAUGGCUCCAUACUAGCUAAACCCACCAUUGCCUUUUGCUUUGAAAAGAUUGAGAAAGGAGCUUUUCUGAACCCAGAAGGUGGGAGUUGGAGUCUCUGUUUGCUGAUGUCCUUUUGCCACCUUGAGGCUGGACCUCCCGUAGCAUCAGUUUCACACGUACCUUAGGGGACAGGCCAUGCCCUGCAGUGCUGGCAGGAUGCAGGUGCUCUUGGCUGUCUCUGCGCUUUAUUUGCACAUUCCAGAGGAGCUGCUGGGAUUGGAUUUAUCCCUGGUAGCGCUGCCUGCCUGUUGUAUCCUCUAGUGAAACUCCCCCAGUUUGCUGAUUCCCAGAGAACAGGCUCUGGGUCCCUUGUCCUGUGGGGCCAGUGUUCCUCCUCCUCCUCCUCCUUUCACCUGCAUUUCCAGCACAUGCAGCUCUCAAAGCCCUCUGUCUUGGAGUGCCCCCUCUGCCAAGAGUCCCCCUGGUUUGGUUUUGGUCCUUGCCUCUGCCACCUCCUCACCCUGCCAGACAGUGCUUGUACCUGGUGCUGAGCUUUCCUGAGCCUCCUGAGUGGCACAGGCCGAGGAUGCUGGCAGUGACACUGCAUUGCCAAGUGCUCCAGAGGUGUGUGCAGGUGCUUUGCUGGAGCCUGGGCUCUGGCUCCAUGGUGGUGAGGGUAGAGAGCAGGCAGGAGGCAGGUUCUGAGGGGCCUGUGUGGUGGUCAUGCACUAUGUCCCUGUGCCCCUUUGCUGAAAGCGAGUGGAUCAGUGCAAUGCCCUGCAAGAUGGACAUCUGUAAUUUCCUGAAUUCAAAGCACCUCCUCCUCCUCUCUAGCUGCAAAGCAGGAUGUGUUUCCUUAUGUGUUCCUCACCCUGAACUGGAAGUUACUGAACUGGAAGUGGCCUGAGCAGCAGCGACCUGUGUGCCAUCUUCCCCAACAGGAUUGCUCAGCCCUGGGCCCUGGUGUCUAUAUCCUCACCUCUUAUCUCCUCUCCCGGGGUUCUGGUGCAGCUUGGGGAUACCCUGAUACAUCUUGCAGCAGCCUCUCUGUGCCCUGGGGGCUGCUCUGAACUAGUCUCUAUUUCAGGUGUGAGGGACUGGUGUGACUGCGGGGUGAAUGUCCUCUGCUACAGCCAGGCUUCACAUCUCCGCUCCACAUCUUCUUAGUCAGCCAUCUGACUGUCCCUUCCCUUCUUCCACACACUCAUGGGUGUCUGCCCUUUUCCAAGUCAUGCACUCAUGCAGGGAUUACUCUGCUCCUGGUACUCUUGGUGGAGAAGCUGCUGCAGCCCAGCUCCAGUCCCAGUCCUUGCUCCAGUCCCAUCCCAUUCCCACACAGGCGCUCCCUGCUCUGCACACCCCUUCCAUGGCAGCAGGCUCUGCACCACUGCUCUGUGCCUUGUCCUGGGUGCCCCUUCCUUCAGCCCCUUCCCAACAGCCCCCUUGUCACCAGGACAUCACCAAUGAAGAAAAAUGGGGGAGGGGAGAUGGUUGAACCUUCCCAGCCCUGGCUGCCUCCCAGGAGCUUGGCCCCACAAUGCACCAAAUUCUGGCAGGUGAUGAGGAAUGCUCUCUCCCACAGCACAUCCUCAGGCUAAGGACUUAAUGGAGCCAGUGUUCCAGUUAAGAAACCCACUGUCAAUCCAAAAAUGCAACUGUGAAAGCCAGAAGCCCCUGGCUGAGGCAGUGGGGGCCCAGCCCUGUAUGGCUGCAGCUGCACUCAGCAUCCUUGGCUUUAUUGUCAUUGCAAAUAAUGGGAGUUGUUGCAUGUGCCCCUGUAAGAUCUAAUAGUGACUCUUUGAGUCUUGUCCUCCUUCCCAGAGGAGAUGUUAAGCUCAUGGAUGUGGGCAAUCGGUGUCUGACCCACCAAUUCCAGUGCAUUCUGGGGAAACGGGCUGUGCAAUGAUGUAAAUAAAAGUGCGACAAACUU